GGGGCCGAAACACCCGAGAAUGAAUAUCCCGGUCUCAACCGGUUUCAACCGGUCCGCGGUUGGAAGCGUGAGCUUAGAGGAAGAGCACACUUGCAGGCAUUAAAACGUCUCUCACACCGUGCGAACCAGAGGCAGAAAUAAAAUUUAAAAAAAACCGAGACUCUUUAAAUAAAUAUAUAUAUAUAUUUAUUUUUGUUACGGUGGUUAUGACCCGGAUUGCCACUCAAAAAGGUGCGACUCCCCGUGAACGUUGACUUUUCCGUUUAGCCGUUGCUCCUUUAGCGUGGUGGGAGUCGGCUGUAGCCACUGGUAGCUCCCGAGAAGAUGCGUCUCAACUGGCGGAAGACGAGAAGCAAUAAGGCGGCGAGGAGGUUUUAAAAAAACGACAAGAAACCAGCGGACGGCGGACACAAAAAGAAUCUCUAUGCCAGCAGAAAUGACGAUGUUGGCCGAGCACCCAGCCAGACAGCUGCUUGACUUCAGUCAGAAACUGGACAUCAACCUGUUGGACAAUGUUGUCAACUCCAUGUACCACGACAUCGGAUCCCAGCAACGAGUGGCCCAGGAAGUCCUCACCAACCUCAAGGACCACCCAGACGCCUGGACGAGGGUCGACACCAUCCUGGAGUUUUCGCAGAACAUGAAGACUAAAUAUUACGCGCUGCAGAUCCUGGAGACGGUCAUCAAAACACGCUGGAAGAUUCUCCCCCGAAAUCAGUGCGAAGGCAUCAAGAAGUAUGUCGUCGGGUUGAUCAUCAAGACGUCUUCGGAUCCCGCAAACAUGGAGAAAGAGGGCGUGUACAUUUCAAAACUCAACAUGAUCCUCGUACAGAUCCUGAAGCAGGAAUGGCCCAAGCACUGGCCCACCUUCAUCAGCGACAUCGUGGGCGCCAGUCGGACGAGCGAGAGCCUCUGUCAGAACAACAUGAUCAUCCUCAAGCUGCUCAGCGAGGAGGUGUUCGACUUCUCCAGUGGCCAGAUGACCCAGGUGAAGGCCAAGCACCUCAAAGACAGCAUGUGCAACGAGUUCUCCCAAAUAUUCCAGCUGUGCCAGUUUGUGAUGGAAAACUCCCAGAAUGCCCCGCUGGUCCACGCCACGCUGGAGACGCUCCUCCGCUUCCUGAACUGGAUCCCUUUAGGUUACAUCUUCGAGACCAAGCUCAUCAGCACGCUGGUCUACAAGUUCUUGAACGUGCCCAUGUUUCGCAACGUGACGCUGAAAUGUUUGACGGAGAUCGCCGGAGUGACCGUCAACCAAUACGAGGAGCAGUUUGUCAACCUGUUCACCCUCACCAUGUGCCAGCUCAAACAGAUGCUGCCUUUGAACACAAACAUCAGACUGGCGUACUCCAACGGGAAAGACGACGAGCAGAACUUCAUCCAGAACCUCAGCCUGUUCCUCUGCACGUUCCUCAAAGAACACGGCCAGCUCAUCGAGAAGAGGGCCAACCUGCGAGAGUCGCUCAUGGAGGCUCUGCACUUCAUGCUGCUGGUGUCGGAGGUGGAGGAGACGGAGAUCUUUAAGAUCUGCCUGGAGUACUGGAACCACCUGGCAGCCGAGCUCUACAGGGAGAGUCCGUUCUCCACCUCCAGCACGCCGCUGCUCUCCGACGUACCGCCGCGCCGACACCUCUACCUGCCCGUGCUCUCCCAGGUGCGUCUGCUGAUGGUGAGCCGCAUGGCCAAACCAGAGGAGGUGCUGGUGGUGGAGAACGACCAGGGCGAGGUGGUCAGGGAGUUCAUGAAGGACACGGACGCCAUUAACCUUUACAAGAACAUGAGGGAGACUCUCGUGUAUCUGACCCACCUGGACUACGCCGACACUGAACGCAUCAUGACGGAGAAGCUCCACAACCAGGUGAACGGCACCGAGUGGUCGUGGAGGAACCUGAACAUGCUCUGCUGGGCCAUCGGCUCCAUCAGCGGGGCGAUGCACGAGGAGGACGAGAAGAGGUUCCUGGUCACGGUCAUCAAGGACCUUCUUGGCCUGUGUGAGCAGAAACGAGGGAAGGACAACAAGGCCAUCAUCGCGUCCAACAUCAUGUACAUUGUGGGCCAGUACCCUCGCUUCCUUCGGGCCCACUGGAAGUUCCUCAAGACCGUCGUCAACAAGCUCUUUGAGUUCAUGCACGAGACCCACGACGGUGUGCAGGACAUGGCGUGCGACACCUUCAUCAAGAUCGCCCAGAAGUGCCGGCGUCAUUUCGUCCAGGUUCAGGUGGGCGAGGUGAUGCCCUUCAUCGACGAGAUCCUCAACAACAUCAACACCAUCAUCUGUGACCUGCAGCCGCAGCAGGUCCACACGUUCUACGAGGCCGUCGGCUACAUGAUCGGAGCGCAGACGGACCAGGCGGUUCAGGAGCGUCUGAUAGAGAAGUACAUGCUGCUGCCCAACCAGGUGUGGGACAGCAUCAUCCAGCAGGCCACCAAGAACGUGGACAUCCUGAAGGACGCGGAGACGGUGCGUCAGCUGGGCAGCAUCCUGAAGACCAACGUCAGGGCCUGCAAAGCGGUCGGCCAUCCCUUUGUGGUCCAGCUGGGGCGGAUCUACCUGGACAUGCUCAACGUGUACAAGUGUCUGAGCGAAAACAUCUCCUCUGCAGUCCAGACCAACGGUGAGAUGGUCACCAAGCAGCCUCUGAUCCGGAGCAUGAGGACGGUGAAGAGGGAGACGCUGAAGCUCAUCUCGGGCUGGGUCAGUCGCUCCAACGACCCCCAGAUGGUAGGGGAGAACUUCGUGCCCCCCCUGCUGGAGGCGGUGCUCAUCGACUAUCAGAGGAACGUGCCGGCCGCCCGGGAGCCCGAGGUCCUCAGCACCAUGGCAACCAUCGUCAACAAGCUGGGAGUUCACAUCACGGGAGAAAUCCCCAAGAUCUUCGACGCCGUCUUCGAGUGCACGUUGAACAUGAUCAACAAGGACUUUGAGGAAUUCCCAGAGCACAGAACCCAUUUCUUCUACCUCCUCCAAGCCGCCACCUCCCAGUGCUUCCCGGCCUUCCUGUCCAUCGCCCCGGCCCAGUUCAAACUGAUCCUGGACUCCAUCAUCUGGGCCUUCAAGCACACGAUGAGGAACGUGGCCGACACAGGUCUGCAGAUCCUCUACAUUCUCCUGCAGAACGUGUCCGGAGAGGACGCCGCCGCGCAGAGCUUCUACCAGACGUACUUCUGCGACGUCCUGCAGCACAUCUUCUCUGUGGUCACCGACACCUCUCACACUGCAGGGCUGACCAUGCACGCCACCAUCUUGGCCUACAUGUUUAACCUGGUGGAGGAAGGGAAGGUCAGCGUGGCGCUGAGCGCUUCCAGUCCGGCCAACAACCAGGCGCACGUCCAGGAGUACAUCGCCAACCUGCUGAAGACGGCCUUCCCCCACCUGCAAGAUGCCCAGGUGAAGGUGUUUGUCACGGGGCUGUUCAGCCUGAAUCAGGACAUCCCCGCCUUCAAGGAGCACCUGAGGGACUUCCUCGUGCAGAUCAAGGAGUUUGCUGGCGAGGACACGACGGACCUGUUCCUGGAGGAGAGGGAGACGGCUCUGCGCCAAGCCCAGGAGGAGAAACACAAGCUCCAGCUGUCGGUGCCCGGGAUCCUGAACCCUCACGAGCUGCCGGAGGAGAUGUGCGACUGAAGCGGCGAGCGGCGUGUACAGAACAGCUCUGAAAGGGGGCGGGGGGGUCGAGAGAGAGUGUGUGUGUGUGUGUGUGUGAGAGAGAGAGAGAGAGAGAGUGAAAAGAUGAUGAGGGGCCAGAGGAAGGACCCCAGCACUCGGUUGUACGUCGACCAAAUAAAUGUCAAUAUGUAAAUGAGAAUUGUCCCUCUGACCCUCCUCCACCCCGGUGCGGAUUCUUUCCUCUUUAUUUUCUUUUCUUCCUACAAACUUAUUUUAUACAGCGAUGUUUUUUUUUUGUUUUUUUUUCUGUGUAACAUGCCAUGUUUUGUUAAUUCUGUUUGCUAAUUAAAGCUUUGUUUGGCCAUACGGUUAUUUUA